GGGGGCGGGCGCCCUAUCUGCUGGAGUGUGCACCUGCCGCAGUUUGGUAGAGACGGGAGCAGUAAGGAAGCUGCAGGAAUUAAAUCCUUGCGACAAAUUCAUAGACGGGUUUAGAUAAAGUGACUCGCGUUAUACAGUUUAUCGGCGGGGAAAAUGUUAACAAAUGUGUAAGUUAUUCGCCACAAGUUAACUUUAGUAUAUGAAGCAAGAACUUGUACAUUUGGACUUAGUACCAGACUAUCAAAGUGUUGGAGCUGAAAUUCGGUUGGUUAAGAUAUUCAAAGACGCAUAUACUUGGAUUUAAAACGGUGACUCGUUUGGAUUCAAUAUGCAGGUAAUGUUUGCUCCAUUGUCUGACACCUGGACGACACACAACGUUUGACAUUGCAGUCGCUGGAGCAAGCCAAGAAGAUCCCGGAUAUCGCUGUGAAUUUAUAAUUGUUUUCUAUCUUCUGAUGUCCCUGAACUUAAACUGAUAAACCGUCUUGUGGUACACAUUGUGAGGAGAAAAGCAGUAAUAGCCAUCUUUCCAGGGCACGCUGAUAUGUGGAAGAGCAAGCCAUUUACCUGGGCCAGAGGCUCCUGUUCAAUUCUGACACUCUGUGUGCUGAUCAGCAGAGCUGGUACUGUUGAAGGAAAUAAUCUGAAGGAAAGUGGUAUAUCAAAAUCAGACAGUCCCUGUAACCAUCCCCCCAAGUUCCUGGCACCUUCAAAAAAUGAGACCUACAAACUUUCCUUUGGAUCCUGGUUCGUGUUGAAUUGUACAGUGAAAUUACCCUACGAUCAGAAUUUGUGUGACCCAAGUAUCCAGUGGAUUAAGGACCAGCAGGUGAUCACCAACAGUAGUAAAUAUACCCAGACUGAUGAGACCAGGCUUAAUGUUUCAGAGAAGAUUCUCUCCAGCUUUCUGAAUGUCAGCUUGACUGAUGAGGCUGAUUAUGGGAUCUUCACCUGUCUCAUAAGAAAAGAGUCCAUGACCUUCACACUGGAAAAAGCAAUUGUAGAUGUUGCCAGCCAUGUUCCAGCGGUACUGGGUGCCCUCCUGGUGCUUGUUGCAUUGCUGCUGGCUGGAUUGCUGUAUGUGAAGUGCAGAUUGGAUUUGCGGCUCUGGUACAGAAACAAAUACGAAGAGUUUGAAGUCAACGAUGGUAAGCUAUAUGAUGCUUACAUUUCCUAUGUGUCUUCUGAUGAUGACCGGAAAUUUGUCAACUUCAUCCUGAAGCCACACUUGGAGAACCGAUACAGAUAUAAGCUACACUUGGAUGACUGUGAUAUCCUGCCGGGGUCAGAGCCCUCUGCAGAGCUAAUAAUGAACAUCAGUCGCUGCCGCCGUCUGAUCGUGGUGCUGAGCAAGGCGUAUCUGGAGCAGGACUGGUGCAGACUGAACUUCAGGGAAGCCCUCUGGAAUCUACUGGAUCUCUCCAGGAAGCCCAUCUUUAUCAUGUUUGAAAACCACUACAGAGAACUGUCUCACCCUGCCAUACAACUUCUUAAAGCACAGGGGAAAAACAUCACUCUCCUGCUCUGGACUUCUACAUCAAUGACCCCCUCCUCUGAAUUCUGGAAAGAGUUACGAUUGCUCUUGCCUCGGAACCUACCUCAGCGAAAUGUCAUGGCCGAUCCCCAGACUCGACUCCAGGAUGAUAAGGAUCCUAUGCUGAUCCUCAACCCGGAUUACCUGGACUGCAGAUCUGACCCUGACCCUGAAGGAGAUCUGGGAGUGCGGACACCAAUUUACAAAGGGCCACCUCCGCCUGUAUCAGCCCUUCCUAGUAUACCAAAGACUAAUCCCAGUGUGGAAUUUCCUUGUGAGGAUACUGAUAGAGGUGAAGUAGAUAUUGCAGAUCUGGGAUCUCGAAAUUAUGGAACAAGAACAGAUUUCUAUUGCCUUGUAUCUGAAGAAGAUAUUUGACUGAGGGCAAUCAUUAGUACAUAACAACAGGGAACUAUUCUUUACAGCUCCUUAAAUUUGCAGCACAUAUUUUUGAAUACAUUUGAAUCUUAUCUUUUGUGAAGUUAUGAGAUAGGUUACUAUUAAUUUUAUAAAUGAAUGUCAGAUGGAAAUUGAUAUAUUCAAUCUGAAUUAUCAUGUACUCAAUGAUUGGAUUCCUGUUUCAUCAUAUCAGUGCUUGUAAAGGCUGGGAUUCUACCCAUUUAAAACAGGUUUUUCUUUGCAAAGACUAUGCAUGCUUUGAAAUAAGGUGAAUGUUAUUUCAUCAUAUCCAUUUUCCACUGGUGAAAUCCAUUAGAAAAUGCCAGUCUCAAUUUGUGGUCAUAUUUGGAGUUUCCCAUAACUUUGUCUGGUCUCCUCCAUCAAUCUAUGUUAUUUAUGAUCAUUGAGGGAGGAUUGGUAUCUAUCUUUGCUCACCUGAGGGUAUAGACUGGAGGAUCUUAUGGGGUUGUCUUCUAAGGUAUAUAGAGAGCCUCAUCCAAAAGUUCAGGAUGUGCAGAGUGACUGAUGAGGGUUACUUUGACUGCUUACCACUUUGCAGAACCAUGAUGCACACACAAGUGAUAGUGAAGUGGAUUAUGUGGUUUAGUAACCAUUGGACACAACCUUCAUUUGUUUCAUCAACACAGUAAGAUCACUUCAUGCUCAUGCAAUCCAGUUGAUGAGCUACCUAAUUUAUUGGGGACAAUAGAUUGAGACAUUUGAUCUGCUGAUAUGGGGCUAGUUAUCACCGCAAUGAAAAUAUAGCAUUCCACAGAAGCCAAGAGAAAGAAUGCUUUGCUAAUGUCUCUGGUUUACCAGUGUAAGACAAAGGUAGAGAAAGCAGUAAUGCAUGGAAGUUUCUUCUGUUAGAAUAUUAGGCAGAAUCUGAUACCAUCCAGUUGUACUAUUCUGAAUAGUGGCAGUACAUCUCAGUUUUGUGUUAAGCCUGAGAAGGAACUUCUGUAAUACACUUUAAGGUCAAAUUGAUCAACUCUGAUCAUGCUGUUGGAGAAAUUUAUCUGUCCAGCUUUGAAUUUUAUUGCUGAUUUUUUUUUUUAACUUACUUGUUUAGCUUGUGCAGUGGGAGAGAGAACUGCACCUUGUUUGAAGAUGCCAUAACCAUGUUUGGAUUGUAUACCAGUUGUGCCUUUGCAAAUUGUGGAUAAGUGACUUACACUCCAAUUUCUGUAAGAGAUUAAACUUGUGUAGUGUGGUUUCCUAACAGAAUGCAAGCACAGACCAGAUCAAUUGGCAGCUAAAAAAUGGUUGAUGCUCAGGUUGGAAUUCUGCAAUGCAUUGUGUUACUUACCAUUAACUGCUCAGCAUUUCUUGUCUAUUACAUUCUAAUCACUGCUGAAUUUACAUAGGUCAGUCAUUUAAAUUGUGGACAAUAAUUGUCAAAGGAUAAUUCAAUUUCCUCAGGUACGUACUUACAACUUUACAAAAUAAAGUGAUAGAACCACAGAGCCAGCCAAAAUUGGUAUUACUUGAUUUUCUCCCUACACCUAAACACAGGUUACUUUUUGGUUCUCAGUGACUCCACUCUCUUCAAACUAUCCUUUUAAAAUCUUUGGAUUUGCUUUGAAAUUUACUCAAUUUUUUUUUUAAAUGCCCCCUUUGGUUUAGUUUCCCUUUUACGUUCAGUAUGCUCAGGUUUUCUAGUAACUUUAGCCAUCAGUGUCUGACACAAAUUUGUC